AUGUUCUCGCGCAACAACAGCCCUUAUUCCUCCGCCAGAGGUCGGACUUCGGUUUCUCGUCCAAAAGCAAUCUCGAAAGUCCCUCGUCAAACUGCAACUCUCAAAGUUUUGCCACAGAUCGCGAGCCCAAGAGUGCCAUUAAAAGCGAUCUCAAAGCAAGCUGUGAGUCGAAGAUUGAUUUUGGAGGAGCCAAACGCAUCGCAAGCCACUUCGACAGGCGUACGACAGGAGCACAUCGUAACUCAGGAGGAGCAAAUACCACCCGGAAGCGCAUACGAGCGGCGGGAAUUCGUCUUUGAAGAGAAUUCGAUGCAAAUGGAAGAACUUCCGGAGUUGCCGUCAUCGCUAUUUGAUUGUGUAGCAAAUGGGGAACUACGCAUGGAACUAGCUGCGAAACUGAUGCUGCAUCGCACUAAUAGUGGGACAUUUAAUUACGCUGCGUACGAUGAAUUUGUCAGCUCAAAUGUGGCUGCACGAGCGGUUUCGCGCUACGAUGGAUUGGACGGUUUUGAGGCUCCACAUAUAGUAGGCUGCAAUUUCAUGGCGAUGAGACUCUUAGGCCCAAUUAUGUUUGAGAAACUGUCAGAAGCCCUGGAAAAUCUCUGCCAACCCUCCUUUCGUGAAGUUGGAUAUUAUGAACCUCGUGAUGGGGAAGUGGAAUCCGAGAAGAAAGGACAACACCACCCAGAGCCUCACAUCUCUGUAUCGUUUCCUUUUACAGCAGAAUAUUCGCUGAGGCUGAAUGGAAGAAGCGGCAGAGACGCCAAACUCAAAAACCUCCCCGAUGAGAUUGAAACCACCUUGAUCGAUUUUGCUGACGAUAUGAUGGGAUACGGGUACGACGAACUGCUACCAGGCGCGGUUGUGGAUUUUGAAAACUCGGAAUUUUACGCUAGUCUUGGCACAGACGAAGCCGAAAGAAAGCAAAAUUUUGAUCAGGCUUCGCGUGAGAAAAUGCGGUGGCGUCCACAGCUCUUUAAGGCCCUGCAAUUCGCACUACAAGAUAUUAGGUUCUAUACGUACAAGGAAAGCGAGUCGAAAUGGAUACCGCAUAAGGUAAAAUUGUUUGCUGUGACUACCUAUUCAUUGCUGAUGAGUGAAGUUCUGCGAUAG